CAUCUGGCAAAGCUUGCUUUUUUCUCGCGCCGCCAUAUUGAGGAGCGUCUCAAGCAUCCAUCCAAGUACCGAUUGUAAACUCAAGCACAUUUGAAACUCUUUAAACGAGCACCGAGCGAGUUUCAAGGUUCGUUCACGGCCGAGCUUAAGUCGAGGGACAUCCCAUGUAUUCUCUAUGUUAGUGUUGACGAGAACAGACCGUCAAGUUUGUGGCCUAGUUUAGCUUAGCUUAGCAACUAACAAAGACAGACGUUGCCAAGUAGACACAAAGUAAGAGGCUAAAGUGUGGAAAAUGUGCGCGAAUAGGACAGCAGCAGUGGAAUUGGACGAGGAACCUCGUGGAGAAAAAGAGGAGCCUCGACCUCAACUAGUGAAUGACGUUUUCAACAACAAGCUGCAAUCAGAUGUCUGUGAAGUGCACUGUCCUGAGAGGCAGGAGUCUUCUCUCAACAAAAAGGUGGUUGAGGAGUCUCUACAUAUCAAAGAGGAGGAAGAGGAAGCGGACAUCACCAAAUUGACUGAUGUGCCUUUGAAGAGUGAAGACGAAGGUCAAUUUGAGGUGAGCAGAGGGGCGGAGCCUCUGAGCAGCAACAACAGCUCAACAGAAGGUGACGGAGACCACCGUAAAGGAUCACCAGCAGAUGGCCUCAUAGCACCGCUAUCAGAUAGUGAUGACGGAACUUCGCACUCUUCUAACUAUUCUGAUGUUCAUGAUGAUGAUGAUGAUAAAAAGUCCAAAGGAACAAAGAGGGGUCCACUUGACAAGAAACCCUGGAAAUGCUCCCAGUGUGGGAAAACCUAUUGUAACAAGUCUGGGUUGAAAAGUCACAUGACAACACACAAUGGAGAAGAACCUUUUCUCUGCUCAUUUUGUGGCAAAAUAUUUUCUUUUAAGCAAUCCUUAAUAAGUCACAUAAGGACACACACAGGAGAGAAGCCUUUCUCCUGCUCAAUUUGUGAUCAAAGUUUUAGUCGGAAGGAAUACUUGAAAGGGCACACAAGAACACACACUGGGGAGAAACCUUUUUCCUGUUCAAUUUGUAGUCAAAGUUUUGCUUAUAAAGGACAUUUAAAUAGUCACACAAAAACACAUACUGGCGAGAAACAUUUCUCCUGCUCAGUUUGCGGUCAAAGAUUCACGAAUAAGAGACACUUGAUAAGACACACAAUGACACACACUGGUGAGAAACCUUUCACCUGCUCGUUUUGUGAUAAAAAAUUCUCUAGAAAUGAUGAAUUAAAAAAACACACCAGAAUACACACUGGUGAGAAACCAUUUUCCUGUUCAGACUGCAACCAAAGAUUUGCUCAUAGGGAAGCCUUUAAAAACCAUAGAAGAACCCACACCGGUGUGAAACCUUUUCCCUGCUCAGUUUGUGGGAAAAGAUUCACUGAGAAGGGACAUUUAAAAAGUCACAUGAGAACACAUACUGGGGAAAAACCUUUUUCUUGUUCGUUCUGCGGUCAAAGUUUUGCUCAGAAGGUAGCCUUAAAAACUCAUACGAGAACACACACAGGGGAGAAACCUUUCCCCUGCUCAGUUUGCGGUCAGAGAUUUGCUUGGAAGUAUCAGGUCAAGAAACAUGAGUGUGUUUGUGAGAAAAGCAGUGCCCAAUGACGGUUUUGCCUGCCAUUCAACUUAGCGUAAGUGUUGCACUGAUACCAUCUUUUGGCUCCCCAUACUGAUACUCAGAUUCUUUCCUCUAGGAUGCACUUUUAAUGUGAUUUUUCGUUGCUGUAUUUUGUCGGACAUAUUGUUUGCUUCUUUUCAAACCUUUCGAUAUUUCUGUUGAAUAAGGAAAGCAAAUAAACCGCCUGGAUCCUUGCUUUCAUUGCUCAAAUAUUAUUUUAUAUUGCCCUUUUUACAGAAACUGUGAUGACUAAAGUUCAAAGUCUGGUGAAUGAAAAUACUACGGUAAUAUUAUUUAAGUAUUGUUACAUACAGUGGGGCAAACAAGUAUUUAGUCAACCACUAAUUGUGCAAGUUCUCUCACUUGAAAAUAUCAGAGAGGCCUGUAAUUGUCAACAUGGGUAAACCUCAACCAUGAGAGACUUAAUGUGGAAAAAACCCCCAGAUCAUAUUGUUUGAUUUUUAAAGAAUUGAUUUGCAAAUCAUGGUGGAAAAUAAGUAUUUGGUCUAUACCAAAAGUUCAUCUCAAUACUUUGUUAUGUACCCUUUGUUGGCAAUAACGGAGGCCAAACGUUUUCUGUAACUCUUCACAAGCUUUUUACACACUGUUGCUGGUAUUUUGGCCUAUUCCUCUAUGCAGAUCUCCUCUAGGGGGCAGUGGACAACAAAAUUUGGCAGAGAUAUUCAGGUAAUCUCCCGAGGAUAUUACAACAGCAUUUUGUUUGUUGCACAUUCCUGUCUUUCUGUUUGGACUUUAAACACUUUUUUUUUUUUUUUUUUUUAAAUGUUUCCACAAUUCUUACAGGGAUUUCCUCAACAAACUAGUGGAAACAGUUGCGGGAUAUUCAUAUUGAUGCUAAGUAGUUUUCAAUUCUUUGUUAAAGGAUUUUCUUGUAUUAUUUUUUAAACUGCCAUACGUAACAAAAUAUUUGUUUUUCACAAUAUGCACUUAGCUUCAGUACACUUGCUCAAUUUCUGUUUGUUGAGGUUAGUGUUUGUUUUUUCCUCGUGUAGAUGCAAGUUUUAGAGUUAAUCGAUCAUAACUUACAUAGUUUAACAUGUUCACAAUGCUACAUUUAAGACAGAAAAUGCUUUAAUGUUUGUGUGACUAUUUAAAGUACUGUAAUGUUUUUAGAGAUACAUGGCACACAUCCGAAAAUGGUGGUGUAUUAGUGUGAUUCAAGAUUGAAGAGUAAGAACAUUUUUAAUUGUAAUUUAAGAUUACUUACUCUUUAGUAUACUUUAUUAUUCUGUCAAUAACUCACUUAAAAGACACAAAGGUUUGCAUAUUGGACUGGUGAGGCCUUGCUUCAAGGUUCACUUCAGCCAAAAUAUAGAGUUCCAAAAGUGGUAAAAUUGGAAUAUGAGAUGAGUUUGUAAGAAAACCAUGUGGAAUGCUAAAUUUGUGACUAAUUUAGAAAAUUGUAAUCAUAUAUACAAAUAUCUACCUACCUGCUUGCAUACCUAUUUAAUUACUGUCCAUGCACACUCACUCACUCAUGGAUUCUCAUGACCUGCUAAGUGGAUUGAUGGUGUGGGAGUGAGAGUUAGUGAGUGUCAGAUGUUCGGACUGAGCUAAAGGCCAGGUUGAAAGAGAAGUCAACCUUGAAAGACGGUUUCUCAGAAUAUUCAACUAUGCAAAUGGUGCAUUUCUGAUUCCUCUGUUCAUGGAGAAAACAAUUGUUAAACCCAAGCAGGACACUGGUAGACUCAAACACAGGGCCUAGAGAUUAAAGCUAAAAGCAGGCACACAUUAUUAAGACUGUAGUUACUGUUACUGUUUAAAUUGGCACUGCCUUCUUUUCUUAUGCUUCUCCCAGCAAAACACCUGUAUCAAACGACUAUUAAAGUGAUGACUCACAUGUAAACAGUGUUACUUCUCUAUAGCUGCAUGGAAAAAUGAGUGAACAUGACACCACAAGUAGGAAGAAUAAACUUUGAUACUUGAACUGGCAUUUAGAAAUGUUUGCCCCCACUUCAGGCAGCCAUUCUGAGGGAAAAUUGUUUUCAUUUCAAUUUUUUUAUUUUUAUUAUUAUUUUUUUUUUAUGUUGUUGUUAUUGUCUGCUUGGU